AUGCCAAAGAUGAGAGCGACGUCAGCGUGUUUGGCGCUACUGGCAUUAAAUUAUGCUUUCCUGGUAGCCGGAGAUGAGUCAAAAGGAGAAUCAGUAGAAAGCGCAAGCGUCUCGGCCAGUUCACAAGAAGAUGAGGAACCUAAGGAAACAUGGAUGCGAGCGCCAGCAGGAGGAAUUGCCGUGAGGAGUGGAGAAGAUGCAAUUUUAACAUGCGUCGUGUUGGGGGCGAGGGGGAAACCGGUGCUGUGGAAGAGAGCCAGAGACCGCAAGGUGUUGACAGCUGGUGGAGUGAGGGUGACAAGAGACGAGAGAGUGCAGGUGUUACAUGAUGAUUCCGAUGAGCCGCCCACAGCUCCCGGGAUACGGAAUGGUGGUGACGUGUGGGCCCUGGUGAUACGGUCGGUGAAACCAUCUGACGCUGGCCUUUACAUGUGUGAACUGAACACCGAGCCUCCCGUGAGGAGUUUUCAUCGUCUUACUGUAAUUUCCCGUGGUCUCACGCCGCCUGAGAGCCAGAACUCAACAGAUGCUUACUCGGCGAACGUGCCAACACUGUCACCGCUGGCACUGGCUCACAACUACACCGACUGCUGCUUGAACGCCAAUGUGAGCUCUGCCUGCUUAGGGUUUUGCAGCAUACAAACAAUCCUAGAAGGAACGGGACAGGAUCCGGAAAUAUGUCAGCCUGAUUUUCCCGCUAUAGUAAAAUGUAUGGCCGACGGGCGCAACCACGUGCCUUGUUGUGUUCAAGAGCACGUACCGGACAUUUGUCAAGAUGUCUGCCGGGGAGAGUUCACCCCGGUCACCGACAAUAUUAAGACACAUUACUCCUGUGCCACUUACAUGGAAAAAACACUUGCGUGUAUCGUCGAAGGUAUAGAACUUCUCCCAAGUCCACCAGAAGACGUUGAAGUGGAACCACUUAAUGAGAAACAGUUGAACGUGUCGUGGAGUCCGCCUGUCGAAAACGCGGAGACGGUCACAGAGUACGUGGUGAACGUGACCACACUCAGGUCAUUUGAUGCCCACCUCAUCGACCCCUCUGAGAGUUCGAUCAAGAACAACGAAACUAAAAUGACUCAAUCGGUGACUCACAAAGUGCAAGCGAACAAAACGUUCCUGAUACUCAACGAUUUGCUCCCAUUCACUAUGUAUGAGAUUACAGUAACUUCGUACAAUAUUCAUGGAUCGAGUCUUCCGAUUUACAUUGUCAGGUCGUUAACCCUGACUCCUGGUAAAAUGAAGACCACGCAAGUAGCGCCCGCUCCCAAGCUGCCAGAUGUAAGGCAAUGCUGCUUAUCAGGCGGUGUCAAGCACUACAGCUGCGUGGACAAUCUGUGCGAUCCGACCAAUAUAUUUGAAAUCAAUGUGGUAGACCUGAUGGUGUGCGCGCCGUGGGCCGGCGUGACGUUCGGCUGCCUCGCCAACGGGCUGGACCACUCGCCGUGCUGCCGCGCGCGCGGCCUGCCCGAGCCCUGCCUGCCGCUCUGCAGCGGGAACAUCACCUUCCUCGACUUCAACCACUUCAAGUGUCUUCGGUACAUGACAUCGUACACCAACUGCUUGCUCCAAGGAUACGGCGUCCUCCCGGGCCCCCCUUCAAGAUUGCACCUCACCAACAUCGACACGGACUUUGCUGUGGUGCACUGGGCGUCACCAGUGACUCUGGCCGAUACAGUCCAGUAUUACAACUUGUAUUACAGAGCACUAAGCGUCGAGGAUGAUUACAGUGUCAUAAAGAAGGUACACUCACCAUUCAUUCUGGAGAAUUUGGAGUCGAACACAGAUUAUGAAAUCUUCGUGGAAGCUGCCAAUGAACACGGUGUUGGAGAAUCCUCGCCAAGACUCAUAUUCAGGACUCAAAGCCAGGUGAUAGAAGAUGAAGUAAUAGACUCCAAUGCUUACAACGUGACAGCUUGCUGUGAACGGGUGCAAUUGGCCGGAGUUUGCAUGCCGUUAUGUUCUUAUGACGCCAAGAUGUCCGACUUGCGGACUCUGGCACCGCUGUGCGCGCAAGAGUUCCACAAGUUGUUGCGCUGCGGUGCUGGAGGGCGCAACCACGAGGCGUGCUGCGCGCGGCGCGGCGUGCCGUCGGCUUGCCGCGGCGUGUGCGCGGCGGCGCACGCCGGCGGCGUCAACACCUGCGUGCCCUACAUCGGCAACAUCGUACAAUGCUUCGAGGAAGGUACCGGAAUUCUUCCUGGACCCCCUCGAGAGCUACACGCGGUGGUUUCAAAUGACGGAAAACUAUUCUUAGACUGGGUUCCACCACAAGAUGGUGCUAACGCCACCUCGUACACCGUUCACUGGCAGCUAGUUGGCAAUAACUCGCAGCCCUACUACUACAACACUCUGCAACUUGACAAUAAAUUGAACGUAACAGACACGAUGGCGCGCAUCGUUGACCUUGAACUCAACAGCAUCUACCACGUGUUCGUUGUCGCCGUCAAUGAGCAUGGGACAUCCUUACCUUCCAGUAUGCUUCUACUAAAUAUUACGGAUAAAGACUCCAAUAAAGAAGUUUCGGGAAUUCCAUCGCCGCCACAUUCGUUGUCCGUAUCAUCUCACUCAGCAACGUGGCUAACUUUGACCUGGCAGCCGCCUCAGUUCUCACUUCCAGACGAGAAGAUAUCGUACACGUUAUUCUACAAAUCUCCGGCCCAAAUAGGCCAAGGCAACGUCACAAUGAUAAACACAACAGUACCUGGCCACACCCUGGAGAAACUAACUCCCAACAGCCAGUACGUUGUGUGGGUCAUAGCGCAUGCUGCUGCCGGAGACUCUCUGCCAUCGGAGACACUGCUCGCUUGGACUGACCCAGCUUACCCUGCUUAUGUUGAGCCACCAGCAGUGAAUCCAGUCAACUUAGUGGUGGAAGGAUCCAGUAUGACGAUACUGUGCAUCGCAAUGGGCACUCCCACACCGACCAUUUCAUUAUACAUAUCUGGCCAUCUAGUCAGGCAGGAAGUGACGAGGCACAUGGUGACCGUGAUCCAUAACGUGACGCGCGACAUGGACCAGAUCUCUUGCUACGCUGACAACGGCUACGGAACACCCAUGCAGGCGUCGAGAAAGAUCAACAUAUCACAUGUGCCAACUAUCCAGGCGUCUGGGAUAACGAUGGCGGCAGUUGGAGAUUCAGUGAUAUUAGAAUGUCGCGUGGAAGCACUGCCCAAACCCACGAUCGCCUUCUGGAGAGAUCCCAACGGUAGGACUCCGGUUAUAGACGGACCAAACUACACAAUACAAUUGCUGGCAGAUCCAGAGGAUCACACCAAGUACACCAUGCGGUUAACAAUCAAGAAGAUAACGGAAGCGGACGAGGCCGACUACUUCUGUCACGCGGAAAACGCAUUCGGAAAGACUUUAAGGCCGGUCUCCGUCCGACUGAGACCGACCACACCUCACCACAACGUCACAGAAUGUUGCAGACAGAUGAACGUAUCAUCAGCAUGCAUCGACGCCUGCAGCUUCCAUUUGGAUAUGGACAAUAUUAUGGACCGUCCCGAGUGCAUGGACGACUUUGACAAACUAAUGAAGUGUGCAGCCGACGGAUCUGACCACCGCGCGUGCUGCGCGUCGUGGGGCGUGCCGCGCGGCUGCCUGGAGCUGUGCCGCGGCGGCGGCGCGUCGCGCACGUGCGCGCUGCAGCACGCGCGGCGCGCGCUCGCCUGCUUCCGCGAGGCGGGCGCGCGCCUGCCCGGCCCGCCGCGCAAGCUCCGCGCGCACGCCGCGCCCACGCCGCACGCUGUGCUGCUCAGUUGGGAGCCACCAAUAAAAAAUCCACAAACGGUGUACCUGUACCGGGUAUUCUGGCGGGCGUACGGUGCGAAGGUGCCCGAGAAACUCGACACGAGUGAGACCAGCGUAGUCCUCACCGGACUAGCUGAUGACGUGCGCUACGAGUGCGUGGUGAAAGCCGCGAACGAUGUUGGCACGUCGACGCUGAGCGCGCCGAUCAUAUUCACGACGGCGGGGCAGGAGGGUGGCGAGGGCGCGGGGGUGGCGGGCGCGGCGGGCGCGGGCGCAGGGGAGGGAGGCGCUGGCGCGUCCGCCGUGGGUGCUGCGGUCGCCUGCCUGCUCGUCGCCGCACUGCUCCUCGCCGCCGCCUUCUAUUACAGGCAUCGGAAGAAUUUAAGACUCAAAUCACAAGGAGGAGUUGCAUUUGAAAACCCCAGUUACCUCAGAGAAACAAAUCCUGAUACCAUAAGCAAUGGUACGCUGCCAAACGGCAACGCAAACGGGCCUAACGGCACUGCGAACAGCGUCUCAAACAGUGCAGCAUGGCGCCAAGAGACGCUGCAAAACGCGAGCACAGCGCGCGAGGUGGAGCCCACCUUGUAUGAGGAGUUGAAGUUGGGGCAGGACGGCGCGGGCUUCAAGCGACUGAAGCCAUAG